AUGACGCUGGCGGAGCAGGCGCGGCACGGCCGGGUUCUGCCCGUGGAAGUGCGCCCGGAGCAGCAGGCGGCCAUGGCCGCAGGGCUGGAGCGGCUUGUGGCGCCCAAGGCGAAACCGCGGGAGGACUUCAGCACCGUGGACACCAGCGCCAGCUUCCGACCCAAAGGUGUCUUUGAAUCAGAAUCCUUCGCCAAGUGGCCGGGACCCUCUGCCCCGCAGCGAGGCGAUCCCGGGCGAAGGCCGCGGCGAUGCGAUGGUCACCGGGCGGCUGGCGCAGGUGCUCAAGCUCGUGGCACGCCUGGACCCUGGGGGUGA